AUGGCACCAAAUGUAACCAACAAGGGAGAAAAAUGUAAGGAGAAAAAGUUUGGCUGGACCGGUAAUCAAACCCUGGACCCCUACAUCACUAGUCAGUACUCCAGCAUGCAAGAGAUGUCAGACUUACAACUGCUCAACGAGGAAAUGGAUGCAAAGUUAAUUCUGUUCUUUGACACUUUGACCUCCCUCUACCAAGAACAGGAAAAACUUAAUGACCAAAUCAAGGAUGGGUUCUGGAACAUGUCCAGAGCACGAUACAGUAUGGGGGUUAAAUUUGUAGGGAUAGAUCAAAUACACGAAGAUGAUAUGCAGGCAUUAACGAAAGUGAAGGUCACAGAGAAGGAGGAAGAAGAAAUGUUUGCUGCAUUCGCCAAUGUGGGCAUUACAGAGGAUGAGACCAGUGAAGUAGAAAAUGUAGGAGUACGAAAAAGAAAUGUUGGAAAAUCUGAAAAAGAUUCUUCUCUAUUGGACAAAAAAACAACCAAGAAAACAAAACAACAGCAUGAUCCAAUGAAAUGGUUUGGUGUCCUAGUUCCCCCAAGCUUACGACAGUGUCAGAAGCAGUUUAAGUCCUCUCUGGAAACCACCAUUGCUAUCGCAAACCUUAAACAAAAACUUCUUCUGUUAAAAUCUGACUACUCAGAUCUAAAGAGAAGGAAAGCAGAGAUUACAUCUAAGGCAGGAGAUUAAAACUAUACAGACUUCCUCAACUUUCAGUGUGCAGGGCAGAUAGAUUGAUGUGCUGUAGUGAAUGAAAAAAAAAUAUUAAGCUUGAGGCUUAACAUGUUAAAGGAAAGUUGUGUAUGAACUCUCAGCAAUAAAACAAAUGCAAAGGGAAAUUUAUUUAAAAUUUCCUGAUGAAGGUUCAAAUGGGCAUUUUUUUUAAAUGAGACGAUGGUUAUGAAAAUUAUACUUGAAAUAUGCAUGCUACACAUUAAUCUUGAUAUGUUAUAAACUGUAGUAAUUUCCUUAGCCAGAUGCAAAAUUAAACAAGGACCAGGAAAAUUAAGAUAACUCAUUUUUAGUUCUAUUUAUGUACAAUUAACAAAUGUUUUAGUGUAUAUCUGAAACUUCCUGACCACAUGCAUAAAAAUAAAAUUGAACUUGCUGUACUAUAAGAUUUUUAAGUUGGAGACUGAAUUACUUUCAUUACGCUCUUUCUACAGAGGUUUUGACAGAACUUAUUUUUCAUGGUUUGGCCUUUACAAAGACAGGAAUGUUUUAGAAACAUUAAUUACACAAACAUGCAGUCAUUUCCUGCUUUGUUUGUAUUUAAAAUGACUCGUAUAUAUCUUCAACUCAGAUUUGUUUCUAGAAGUUUUUCUAGGAAAGGAAUGUUGACUUUUCAUUUAUAGUUAGGUUAGAUUUUACUUUGAAGCAGAUGAUGGAUUAUAAGAAAUAAUGUAAUUGCUCAUAAUAGGAAAAAAAGUUCUUUGUGAUGAUCAAACCCAGCCAACUGAUUAUUAGAUUUGAAAAAGCAUUUAAACUAAUGUUGCUGACUCUGAUACAGUGAUAGUUUAUGAUAGAAGUUUAUAUAUGUAGCUACCAACAGCAGUAUAUGUAUAUUUAUGUACAGAUUUUUUUCAUAAGUGUUAAUUAGAUGGUCUAAGCAUUAUGUUUCAUUUUUUAGUGAUAUGUAACAAAAUAUGUAUAUAUUCUGUGUACAGAGCACAGAUGAAAUUUUUAGAGAGGAUCAGAGUCAAUAAACUAACAGUAAAAAGUUUUAAAUAUCUUAUUUUUUGCAUCAAAUGCUUUGAUUAGCUGUAUUAAAAUCACAAAUCAAGAAAAUCAAGCAAGAAUUUAGGAGAUUUUCCUCUUUCAUACAUCUCUGACUCUCAAGAAUCAAGUUUGCAUCAGAUAUGAAAAAUUAUACAUUUACGUCAGGCUUUAAUAUUUAUUUUCCUUUUGCAUCCAUAUUCCUUGUUAAACAUGUUAAAACUUUUCUCAAACACCUGAAUUCUUUGUCACAGAGUAUCCUUGGCCCAAGAACUGUAUUUAAGAGUUGUUUCCCUUUGACGAUACAUUGUGUAAAAAUAUACAACUUAGAUUAUCUUCAUGUAUAUAAGGAUUAUGAAUAUUACAUUUGAUUUAUUAUAUUUAUUGUUAUUUUUAUGACAAUUCCACUAUGUUCCAUUACUCACUCCACUGUGUGAAUAAAUGAU